AAACUCAGCGUGAAUAGACAUAUAGAUAGGGUUCUAAUGAAAAGUUGUCGCAGAUUUCAACGUAACCUGUUGAUGGUGAAUGGGUGUACGGACUACAUGUGCAUUAUCUACAACUGUGUUGUAUGGAAUAUCCAAUCCACCCAUCCCCAUCUUGAGGACAUGGCCGCUAAUGUGGGUUUUCUGUAGCUGUAUGAGGAAAGAGAAGGCACGGGUUGGAGAGACGCGCGCAGAAUCGCACGGUUAGACGGAGACAUUUUCACAGGAGAGAUGGCGUUCAUGUCCCGGUUCUCCCGGUCGCGGAGCAGCUCAAGAUCUCCUAACCGAAAAGAUUCGGAGCGUGGUUCACCGAUGCUGACGGUUUCCGAGCUCGAAAGACUCCUCUACACUGGAAAAACAGCAUGUAACCAUGCAGACGAAGUGUGGCCAAGACUUUACAUUGGUGAUCAAGAUAUAGCUUCAGAUCGGCGAGAAUUGACCAGACUGGGCAUCACACACAUCCUAAACUGUGCCCAGAGCAAGUGGCGAAGUGGGGCAGAGUUCUACGCGGGUAUGGACAUCACUUAUCAUGGCAUAGAGGCUCAUGACUCCCCCUCGUUUGAUAUGAGCGUCAACUUUUACCCAGCAGCAGAGUUUAUCCACAAGGCUCUUAAUAGUGGAGGUAAAGUGCUAGUCCACUGUGCGGUAGGAGUCAGUCGCUCUGCCACUCUUGUGUUGGCCUAUCUGAUGAUCAGACAGAACCUCACCCUGGUGGAUGCGAUCAAGACGGUUAAGGACCAUCGUGGGGUCAUCCCCAACCGAGGCUUCCUCCGCCAGCUGAACGGGCUGGACAUCAUCUUGAGGGACAGCCGCAAGGCUUCACUGUAGAGCCCGAAUCCAAGACCCACCCAUCUGUAGUCUGCAACUGGUAACUCUUUGUUGUGAGGCUGAGAAAUGUUAUGUGUCACAUGAUGGCAGUUGGUGUCGACAACAGCAGGUAACAUCCCCCCCCAAGGGCUCUAUUAGAUGGAAACAGAAAUCCCGAGACUUUCUCGUUCAAAGUAAUUACAGAAUUUUUACUUUCGUAACCCACAUUUAAUAUCUGUUACCUCUUUUGUAUGUCACAAAUAUAUAAAUGUAAACAUGACAUGAAUUGGAACUUGCAUUCCCAACAGAUCAGGAACCAUUUUGCCUUGAAUAAGUCUCCAUUCUGUUCUAAAUUAUUAGAGAUCCUUGCCCUGAGAUCUUCCUGCUGUGUUGAAAUUUAACAUAAUCAUCUGUGCCUGUAGAGACACAUUUUACCAACCACUGGUCUUGCCUAACAUAAGUGCGUUAAGUUAAAACAAUGUAUACCUUGCUGUAUUGGGUCUCAGUUUGAGGUACAGAAUGCCUUAUCAAGUGUUAUUUUAACCUAGUUCUAGUUAACUCUGUUGCUAGAUAUAGUGCUCUGAUCAGCGUUCACACACCUAGUGAAUCAGGCAAAAGGUGACAAGCUGUAAGUCUACACAGAUAUGUAGCAUUACAAAACUGAGGUGAAUGAAUAUGAUACAAAGUUUCAAAUUACUGCUACGAAACCAUUUCAAUUGGGUGUUAAAUGUUAAUGUAUGAUUCUCAACCAAAGGUAUAUGUAACUUCAAAUAUAUAAUUUUGUAAUUCAUACCAGUAUUUUCUUACCUAUCAAAUAGUCAUUUAUAGAUGACGAAGAUGAAAUACACAGUGAACGAAGAACUUCAGGUUAGAGUACCUUCACCACCUUGCGUCACCUAAGACCUGACUGUUAGCUUGUUCUUACCACAACUUGGUCAUAACUACUGGUGUUACAUCAAAGUCAUUUGAAAAUGAAAAAAGGCUUAAUGUUCUACUAGCACACAACUUACAGUAGGAAGGGUGUUUAGUGUGCAUCACUUACACUUGUCACAAUUUUGAAAUGGUUCAGUCAAAGCUACCAACUGCCAGGAGAACUGCACUAUGUACUGUACAAAAUUGCCAAUCUAUUACAGCAAAUGAAAGGAUUUUACAGUUUUUAAGUCCAGGAGGUUUGUGUUCUGUUUGCCGGUCAAAGCAAUUGAUUGUCAGAUACUGAUCUGGAAUAUCUUUGAUGAUAUCUUCUGAUAUCUUUUGUGUCGUCUGAUCGACUGAUCAAUACCUCAAGUAUCUGCUUAUUACAUAAUUCUGAGCAUAUGGUUUUUCUAAUAUUAAAAAGAUGCCAGCGACUUAAAAAAAACACACAGUAUUUAUAAGAUACUAACAAUGACAUGGGCCCUGACAUGGCCCAAAGAAAAUGAUCGACUUUACAGUAGAUCAAAACGAAAGCUGGACGUGGCUGUACGGUUGACGUGUGAUGCAAGCUGUCUGCUUUCUGUAUCACUGUCACUUUAUCACUACCACCUGUAGGUACAGUAUUGUACAGGUGCAAGACUAACAAGCCAAUGACGUCACUGCAGCAGUUGGUGAGAUGUAUGCAAAUGUAUAUUUAACUUCCCUGUCAUAUUAUUCAAACUUGAUGUGUUGUUGUCUCCCAUAUGAUCAAGCUAAUACCAGCCGGUGUGUCACUGCACACAAGUCUAUCAACCAUGGCAUUUUUUACCAAUCCAAUGUAACGUGUAUAUUCCGUAGGGUAUAGUUUAUUUAGAGGGACUAGGAUGGAUGGUUGAACAGGGGAAGGUGAGUCUGGACUAGUUCAGAAACAACUACUAAUAUCUUCAACAGCUAGUUUAAAGUUCAUGGAUCACUGAGAGAAUCUUCCAGAACGUACAUUUUGUAGAGCGUAAUGGUGAAGUACCUGUCUUCUGUUCUGCUUGGGGUUAUAUGCAUGAUAGCUAGCACCCAACCAAAUUAUCUCCAAUCAUCAAAACAAAAAGGUUGGAAUAUGUGAGAUAAUAUUUGAGUGAAGGAGCUACAGGUUGUUUCUGGACCAGGCCUUUUGUAAUUGUCUUUUGCUGUGUUGUUGUUCUGUCUCUGCUGUUUGUGUCUGUGGAGGUUUUGUAGAGUGAUCUGUGAUCAUUGUCUGUGCCUGUUUCUACUCAUCAAACUGUCAAUUUCUUACAAAACCCCUUUCUAUAGGAAUACUUGAAUGAUUUUUUAUUCCUUAUUUUUGUAGAACCGUGUGUGAUAAGUUCAAUGACAGACAAAAAAUAAAAGAUGUAAUGACGCCUUAACCUGUGUUAUGAAUGUUGGUUAAAAGUUGGCUUUUGAUUUAUCAAGAAUGCUUUAUUAUGGCUUAUAUUGUGUAUUUCAAAUUGUUGUUUUGAUAUUUCUGUGAUAUUUGGAAUUGGAAAUAUAUACUUCUCUCAGAUGUGCCUGUUUCCUGU